AUGAAUUUUUACCGCCGUUUGCAUUUGAAUAUUGUUUCAUGUGUUUUAAGGGAUUUUAAUUCGAAAAUACUGUCACCUAUGGCUCCUAUAGAAGAGUCGAAAAGAAGGGCUGCAUAUCAAGCCGUUGAUGACUUUGUGAAAGAUGGUAUGAAACUUGGUAUUGGUAGUGGAUCUACAAUUGUAUAUGCAGUUCAUAGGAUAGCGGAAAAAGUUAAAAAUGAAGGUUUGAAAGUUAUAUGCGUUCCUACUUCAUUCCAAGCUCACCAACUAGUUGUAUCAAAUAACCUUCAACUGGGAAACUUAGAACUUCACUCUGAGCUUGAUGUUGCCAUAGAUGGGGCUGAUGAAGUUGAUUCGAAUAUGACAUUAAUCAAAGGUGGUGGUGGGUGCCAGACGCAAGAAAAAAUAGUUGCAUCAUGUGCCAACAAAUUUGUUGUUGUAGCUGAUUAUAAAAAAGAUUCAAAAUAUCUUGGAGAGCAGUAUAAGAAAGGAAUCCCUAUUGAAGUGAUACCCAUGGCCUACACACCUGUGUCUGUUAAAAUUAAAAAAUUAUUCGGUGGUGAAGUUCAUUUGAGAAUGGCACAAAUGAAAGCUGGUCCAGUAAUCUCAGAUAAUGGAAACUUCAUUCUAGACUGGCUUUUUCCAAAUGAUAUUGCUGAUUGGAAGGCUGUCAAUAAUGAAAUAAAAAUGAUUGCUGGUGUUGUGGAGACAGGUUUGUUUGUCGGAAUGGCUAAUACUGUUUAUUUCGGGCUUCCUGAUGGCACUGUCAAAGUUUUGAGAAGUUGA